CACAGUUAUAGGCAGAGGGAGAGAAGAGUGUUGAGAACAGCACAAAGUAGCAAGAGCAGUGAAACUGUGUGUCAGAAGAUUCCUGCUCCACAAUCCAUCCAAGGAAAUCAUGAUGAAGCCGUUUUGUCUGUUGCUGCUUCUGCUGCUGGCUAAUUCCAUUGCUGCUGUCCCUUUGGAGACCUCAGGUGAAGAAGAGCAACCCACUCUGCCUUUCCGGGGCUUUACCACAGAACCAAGCCCUACUGAGGCAAAGUCUCGCUUUGCCAUGCUGGACGAUGUUCGCCUACUUGCAAACGGCCUCCUGCAGCUCGGCCAGAGUUUACGGGAAUUCGUUCACAAGACUAAGGCCCAAAUCAACGACAUCUUUCAAAAGCUGAACAUUUUUGACCGCUCUUUUUACCAGCUCUCAGUGGUCACGUCAGAGAUCAAGGAGGAAGAGGAAGAGCUGAAGAAGACCACCAAUUUCUUGAAGGCUAAUAAUGAAGAGAUCAGGAACUUGUCGCUAGAAAUCAACUCUAAGAUAAACAGCAUCCUGCAUGAGCGUACACAGCUGCAGAGCAAGGUGGGAAGCCUCGAGGAGAGGCUGAAGGGAUUGUCACAGAGUAUGGUCCCUGCUGAACAGCUUAGUGAAAUCACAACACUCAAGGACGUGAUUGAAGCUCAAGAGAAAACAAUCACCAAUCUGCUGAAAGCUGUGAAAGAGCAGCAUGAUCAGCUUGACCACCAGAAAACACAGAUUAAAAACCUGGAGGAAAAGCUAAGCUAUGACAGUUUUCAAGAUACAGUCGAUAAGCCAAUGGAUUCAGACCCUGCAGCUCCUAAUAUGUUUGAAUAUCUGAGAGGAAACUCGACUGGCCUGGACAUAAAUGACCUCCCCAACGACUGCAGUGAGUUGUUUAAGAAAGGAGAAGUGAACAGUGGAAUCUUUGUUAUCAAGCCAAACCAAUCAGAGCCAUUCAAUGUUUACUGCGAAAUGGGUUCAGAUGGGGGCUCAACUGUCAUCCAACGCAGGAUCGAUGGUUCAGAGGAUUUUGAUCAGACAUGGGAGAAAUAUGAGAAAGGCUUUGGAGAUCUUGAAAAGGACUUCUGGCUGGGCUUGAAGAAGAUCCACAGUAUUGCGCAGCAGGGAGUUUACAUCCUACGUAUUGAUUUGGAGGACUGGAAGGAGGAGAAGCACUGGGCUGAGUACCAUUUCUCACUGGAAGGUCCCUCCAAGGACUACAGCCUUCAUGUCAGCCAUUUCUCUAGUGACCUACCUGAUGCCAUGGCCAACAGCACUGGCACGAGAUUCUCCACAAAAGACAGAAAUCAUAAUAACUACCGAAGCCCCAACUGUGCUCGCAGUUAUACAGGUGGUUGGUGGUUUAAUGGCUGCGGAGAGACUAACCUUAAUGGAAGGUAUUUGUGGCUGAGGUCAAAGGGACGCUCUCUAAAGAGGAAGGGUCUUCACUGGAGGCCUGGCACAGGGCCCUCAUAUACUCUCAAGAUGACCAAGAUUACCAUGCGACCAGCCCUAACAGCUGAAAGCUUCAACUGAACCCCACAACUCAUACCUUAUUUUACAACGCUACUGGCGUAUUUCACAAACUAAUAUCUAAUGCUCAGCCAAAAAGUUUCAUAGAAGGGGAAAGUGAAGUGACAUAUGUCAUUAUAUAUCUAUGACACAAAUUCUUUGGUUCAUCUGCAACAUUAAGCUGAUUGCUUCCUAACAUCAUUUUGUCACAGACUGGUAGUGACCAACAGGUCAAAAAUGUCAAAAGUCACAAGUGAUGAACUGUCGCAGUGAUGCAACAAAUGCCACAGGGGUCAUUAACCUAUUGGGUCUGAUCCAACAAGGACAGUAGAACUGUUAUUAUGCAACAUCUGCAAUCACUUGCAAAAUGGACAUACUGAUCCAUAAUCAGCAACCUCAUUCAGUCCUGGUAGCAAAAUGUCACAGUACUGAAGCAGAGGAGAAAAAAAAUCUAUGAACAGACAUUAGAUUCAAUUUUAAAAAGAGACUGCUUGACUAUCUUUCCGAUUAACAUAUUUGGCAAUUUCUAAGCUAUUUAAAAUGCAUUUUAUCUUUGUUAUGUGAAACUGUCUUGCAUGUUCCCAGGAGCUACAUGCAGAAAUGCAAACAGGUCAUUACAUAAAGCAUGCAAAUGAUAUGAAUCAGGGUUCAUGAGAAACAAUGCAUCUCCAACAUUUCAAAAAGUGUCUAUACUGGUGAAUUUUUUCAAUGGGAGCCUUGUAUUUUUUUCCUGGUAUUUUAAACUGCUUCACCAUCAGUGUCAUGGAAACACAUCUAAAAAGAACGGGCAAUGUAAGAAGUCAAAUACAGUACAAGAAAUGGAGAAUGGAGAAAGCUUUGGCAGCAGACUGAUAAGCUUUUCCCUUAGUUUGUUGUUGUUGUUUUUUUUACUCUGUAAAGUAUUUAAACCAUGUUCAUUCUAUGAUUUAUGCUGGUAUUGUUAGAAAACAUCAUUUCCAUGCAUUUCCUAUGUUAUUGAGUCAUAUUGACUCUUUCCUAUUUCAGAAUAACUAACUGUACUGUAAAUGUGCCUCAUACUAACAUGUCAUUCUGACAAGCAGCUAUGUGCUCUAACAAAUCAUAUUUAUGAAGCCAAAA